GCGGUAUUUCAACUGACUAAGGCCAAUCUUUUAUAUUUCACAGCUUUUUUUUUCAUUGCCGUUGCUUGCUGGUUCCUUGUUCUCUUUUACAUUUUUCAUCCAAUGGCUUCUCGUCUUCAACAAGUUUCGUCUCAUCUUGCUCCCUCUGAUAACGUCGCCAAUAAGGUUGGUGUCAAGUCUCCCGAAGACGUCGUUAUUGUCAGCGCUCUCCGUUCCGCUAUCACUCGCGCCCGCAAGGGUGGCUUCAAAGACACCUUGCCUGAAGAGAUUCUGUCCGCUGUAUUCAAAGGUGUGAUUGACCAAAGCAAGAUCGAUCCUGCCCUUGUGAACGACAUUGCCGUUGGCAAUGUCUUGCCUCAAGGUGGAGGUGCUACCAAUGCACGCAUGGCCGCUCUUCAUGCUGGCUUUCCUGAAACGACCUCCAUCAACACCGUGAACCGUCAGUGUUCUUCCGGUCUUCAAGCUGUCGUCCAAAUCGCCACCGCCAUCCAAGCCGGUAUCAUUGAAAUCGGUAUUGGUGCUGGUGUUGAAUCCAUGACCCAUAACUAUGGCCCUCAAUCCUUGGCUCCUUCCUCUGAUAAGAUUGCCGACUCUUGUCCUGCUGCUGCCGAUUGCCUUAUUCCUAUGGGUAUCACCUCUGAGAACGUUGCUGCUGAAUUCGGUGUUUCGCGUGCUAAGCAAGAUGAAUUCGCUGCUGCUUCUCACGCCAAGGCCGCUCUUGCUCAAAAGAAUGGCUGGUUCAAGGAUGAAAUUAUCCCCAUUCGUGCCACCGUCACUGACAAGGAAGGCAAGGAAUCCACUGUUGUCGUUGAUCGUGAUGAUGGCGUUCGUCCUGGUACCACUGCCGAAAAGUUGAACAAGCUCAAGCCUGCCUUUGAUGAACAAGGUACCACCACCGCUGGUAAUGCGUCUCAGGUUUCUGAUGGUGCCGCUGCUGUCUUAUUGAUGAAGCGCAAGACAGCCGAGAAAUUGGGAUUGCCCAUCAUUGGCAAGUACAUCACUUCGGCUGUUGUUGGUGUUCCUCCCAGAAUCAUGGGUGUUGGCCCAGCUUAUGCUGUUCCUGUUGCCGUUGAGCGAGCUGGUCUCAAGCUGUCGGACGUGGACAUUUACGAAAUCAAUGAAGCUUUUGCUUCCCAGGCUGUUUUCUCUGUUGAAAAACUCGGUAUUCCAUUUGAAAAGGUCAACCCCAAGGGUGGUGCUAUUGCUUUUGGUCAUCCUUUGGGCGCCACCGGUGCUCGUCAGAUCGCCACUCUUUUACCUGAAUUGAAGCGUGCUGGCAAGAAGAUUGGUGUCACCAGCAUGUGCAUUGGUAGCGGCAUGGGCAUGGCUGCUGUCUUUGAAAGCGAGUAAGCAAGUCCGUCGAGAUGUCACCCUUCUUUUUGAUAUUUUAAAUUUUUACCUUUUUAUUUCUGUAAAUUGUCGAGCAAUGAAAGAUGUCAUUGUAACCGUCACUGUUGAACAUAGUCAAUAUUUAUCGUCUUUCCCGAGAAUUCCCAUUACAUAUUAAAAAAAAUGUUGGAUUUCUAUUGAAUAUCCUACACAAAUACAGCGUUCAAGUGGGAUUUAACGAGGCAGAUCGGAAAACUAGAACAUGAGAUGGUUUCAGCGGGAAAAAAAAGUGCAAGCGAGGCUUUGAAUGCGCAGGAUCACCUGCAUUUUCAUCAGAACACUGUCUUUUUCGUCUG